UUUUUAUCGACGUUGCUUGAAAACCUAAAUAUAAUUACAAUUUGGCAACGGCACGGAGUCUGUUCAGGGUUUCAGUGAGAUUAUUCUUCUUUGCUAUCUUUGACACUUCUCUUCUUUCAGAGGUUCGUUGCAUGUGGCGGGUUUGAAAAUGUAAACAAACAACACAAACUGCCCUGAGAAUUAACUCCGGUCUAACACGCCGCGAGAGUGUAGUUUCUAAGUUUCAUUGUCAUACCUGAGUAGUGUUUAGUUCCUUUUACUACUAACAAUUCUUAGACCUUAUUUCUUGAAUGUCAUGGAGUCUCCAGUGCUCCAAGAUGUGUUUCCCACCUGGAAAAUGGUGGACGAGCUGGUGGACACGCUACUAAAGACUGGGGCCACCGACAAGAACUCCAUCCAGACUCUGGCUAACAUGGCAAUGUCAGAGCAGUUUUCCAGAACGUUUAUUUACAACAAAGAAGCAGACCUUAGCUUCCAAGAGUACCAAGCGAUUGUGGAUAAGUACCAGACUUUUACUACGUGGCUCUUGGGGCAGUUUUUCUAUUUACUCAGUCGCGAUAACAACGAGAUUAUUGUGGACGCUCAACUAAGCAUUAUAAACCAACUGUCCAGAACUCAACUGCAUGUUUAUGCCUAUUUGGCCGAUGAGUAUUGCCGAGCCUUGAAUAUUCUAUGUGGCUACUUGAAAGACUGCUCAAAACCCCGGAGGAUUGAUGUGUUUGAGCCCAAGCGCAAUGAGGAAUUGAGUAAGAGCCUGAAUCUGAAAAGUGCCACUAUUGAACUGACUAGUGAGAAAACGUGCCUUCAAUUGAUUAAAAAGUUAUUGAAAAUUGUUAAAUAUGUUUUAAUAGAAAGUUUCACUUUUAACUGUCUCGAUCAGGCAACUGUUACCGCGCUGGACAAUAUACUGUUUCUUCUACGCAAUGAGCAUUGGAACUUGGACGUAAUUGCGGUGUUUAUAGAUCUCCUGGGAAGGUUGAACUACAACAUCAAAGUCCUAGACCUGCAAAUAGUCCAGCUUUUUAAAGCGUUCUUUUCCUUAUUCGAGCAGUAUGUCUACGACUUCUACGGGAAUGGAAAUAAAUCCAAAGUUGAUAAGGAUGCCUUCGAAGACCUGUUGUUUCGAUACCUGGAAGAAUGCCGCUCCCUGAAAGCAGACAUUCACCAAAAUGAUGCUAGAAUAGCCAGCUUUUUAAUAAAAUUAUCUCUGGAAAGUCGCCCUGGGCCUGCAGAGCUCACCCCAGGAAAGGAGAUCCAAAUAGCAAGUGCCAAGUAUUUUUCCCAGACUGUUUCCAGCAUGGCCAGCCUGGCAAUGGCGAAUAUUUCCACUGUGAUAACUCGAAAUGAUUCUGUGAUAUUUUCCUUGCUAGAACCGCAAAUCUUCAAAGAAACCUGCAGCUACAUGACAUCGCAUUCUCAUGCCACAGUAGUGGAAGUAAUGGAAAUUAGUGAAACUUGGAAACAGAUCUGUUUUGCUCUUAAUUCCUCCUGGCUUUCCUUGCAAUGUUCUCCAUCCAUAUGCCAAAUGCAAAGCCGCUUGGAGUUUUUCGUUGAUAUUUGCGCCAGUUUGGCACGAUUGAAAUUUCGGAUAUACAGCCAUUACAACAGCAACGAAUACAUUGUGAAUUUCUUCAGUGGAAGCGUUAUUUUGCCCAAAGUGCUCUCGAACAUUGCAAAGCACAGCAUUUCCUGCCACCGUCUCAUCAAGCCCUUGAAGGUGCUGGAAUUUUUGGUCAAACAUCUAGGAGUGACUGAGUGCAAGAAUCUGGACAUAUUUUUCCAUUUAAUUUCCUGUCGGAUCUUACCUGGGCCUGGAUAUGCUACAGGGGCUCUGCCCAAUAAUUAUCAGGGCCCUAUUGAGGAACGAUCCAAGCUAAAGGCCGAUAUCAAUUGCCUGUAUGAUUUUAUUCGGGGCAAUAAACAUAUUUCUAAUGUGGAUGUAUUGGCUAAUACUACCGCAUUCUUCGACAUCCUUUCAAGUGGAUUGGUGAAGAAUUUGAAUGACAGCCAUAUGGAGCAGAUAGAGGCUGUGCACUUGAACGUGCUGAAGAACUUGAGGAACUCUGAAGACACACAGGUUUUGUCUCAGGUUUUAGAGAGUAUUCCUGUUCUACUCAAUGUGUUCUCCGCCAAAGAUGAUAUCGUGAAGAACAUUCUUCUGCCUCUGCUCCCGACAAAGCACAACAGCGUUCAACAAACUGUAGCCAAAAUAAUUCCUCUGCUUCUUUGCUGCUCUUUGAGCGAUUUUGUUAAAGUAGUGACUAACGAUUCCAUCCAGAUUAUUUGCCAAGAAUGCGCCACUGAUUCGAAAAACGCUGCUUCGAGAACGGGCGUGUAUAGAAUAAAGUUUUCCAGAAAUGGGGCGGAUAUUUCAUCCGUUGCAGUCACGCUUUUGAAAACAGUGAUCAAUUACCUGAUCAACCCCAGUGAAGAUUUGAAGAAAAGGGCCAUCCAGUGUAUGCCCAGUUUGGCGCAACAUGUGCCGAAGUUCUUUACUGUCGAUGUGACGAAGAUCUGGAUUGAAAAAGUCGGCGAUUCCUCGGUGGAAGUGAGGAAGGUUUUGGGCAAAGAUGUGCGCCGAAUUAUUGCAAAUGGGCUGGGCAAUCCUGCAAUUAGCAAGGAGAUUAAAGAUAAAGUUCUAGAGAUGAUGUUCUCAGUGCUGCUCAGGCUAUCGAAAAGGUCGCUUCAAUUCUCCGAGUUCGAGCUGCAAGACACUUUACUAGACACAAUCAGCGAAAUUAGCCGCAUAGAACACGAAUCAAUCAAACUGCAAUGCAUGAAAAUCCUGCUUUACUUCGUGAUGGUACCAACGUCUUUUCAAAGCUUCAUUGCCGUCAAUCGGUGCGUCGGACUCUCCAAGAACGACUCAGCGGGCCAUCUGCUUGUCUACAAGCACCAUUCUGAUACCCUGUGUGAAGUCAUAGUGCAUCUUUGUUACAGCAAUCAGUAUAUCAUCAAGGCUUCCUUACAGGAGUCUUUAGUGAAAGUGUCUGCAAUGCUUGGAUUCGAUGGAGUUAAAGACUUCGUUGCCAAAGAGGUGAAUAAAUUGCUGCCAUUUCUUGUGGCGAAGACAGUGAAGAACAACAACGUUCGCAAGUUGAUCGAAGAAAUGGCCAGUAUUAUAAGCGUGGAUGUUUCCGACAUGCUAAUCACCAAUUACGGGCAUAUUUUCCUCUACCUGUUUCUAGGAGACGUCGACAGGGCUGAUUCGAAAAAGUGUCUCAAUUAUUUGGAAGCGACAACAAAGCUGAGUGGUCCCAAACUGAGAAAACUCAAUUUUAAGGUUCUUUUGAAUGAAUUGUUGUUGAAUUUCCACGAAAAACGCCAAAAAGUGCUCACAACAUUCCAACUGCUACUAGCUGAAGACAAUCUGAGCCAAGGCAAAUCUAUCGAGGACUACCUGGAGCCCUAUUUUCUAGCCUUCUUGCUCUAUUUCAACCUAGAACUCACCUCCGAGUAUUCUAAGAAGGAGAAAAUGCUCCUCAGUUUGGCUGACUUGCUGAAGUUUCUAGGACCCAACAGAAUAAUGCCGUUGCGGUUUAAGAUUCUUGCCAUGCUGCAAGCCACCCAUUAUCUAAAACAUCCGGCGCUCACAUGUAUUGUAUGGGAGGCUUUCAUCCGCAGCUGUGAGCCUGACUACUUAGGGCCCCAUUUGGCGACGAUUUUCGCCUCCAUGCUCCCCUUGAUCGAAAAGUGCCCCAACGACGUUAACAAGAUCUUUCGGUAUCUUAUUCUGGAAAACGAAGCCACCCUUCGGGACUACAUUGCAGAUCUGUUUUUUGUAAACAAUCAUUUUCUGUCGCCCAAUAUUUCGAUAGUAAUCAGAAAGCAUGUGAAGACCACUGAAAAACUCGCUCUAAAGGCGAAGAUCCAGCGCUACUUGAAGUACUUGAAGCACGAUAGUUUGGAAGUACGCGUCCAGAGUUUGAGGCAACUGAAGAGUUGCCUGGAGCAGAACCGGGAGGAGCUGGACCAAAUGGUUCUGGGCUAUAAUGGGAUUGAUAGCACUAUAGUGGAGCUGAUCGAUUAUCUGACGUUGGCGUGCAGGACAAAGGAAGUUGCCUUGAAACUGGCCUGUGGGGAUAUUUUUGGGGAACUAGGCGCCAUCGAGCCUAGCCACCUGCCCAGACGGUGUGCCCAAGAUAGCCAGUCGUUCAACUUCUUCAUCAGCGACGAUGCGUUUAUAGAAAGUGCCAUUAACGAGCUGAUUAAAUCAUUCCAAACUGAUAAAAACGCCCGGAAUACAGACAGAGUAGCGCUAGCCAUCCAGGAGAUUCUAAAGACCUAUGAGAUAUCCCCAAAUCCCGACAGUGCUCGCAAUGAUAUGUGGACUCGGUUCCCUGAGGCCCAUCGGGAAGUGAUGACUCCUCUUCUCUCCUCCAAGUAUAUUUGCGUGGAGAAAUUCGUUGGGUAUCCAUGCCCAGUCUAUGGCAGCGGGGAUGGCUCAAGCUUUCAAGCUUGGCUAUACAACUGGACAUCCAGUUUGAUAAGCACUUUAUCUCCAGAGAAAAGAUCGCUACUCCAGAGCUGUUUCCCCAGCAUGAAGCUGGAUCAGCGCGUGCUCAUGCACUUCUUGCCCUAUAUUGUACUGCAUUCGCUCGUAGAUAGCGUCAACAGCAACGAGGAGAAAUGCUAUGUGGAAUUCGAGUUCAUUCUCAACGGUUUCAACAAGCUGAGGGACGUGGAUGAAAAAAUACUGAGCAACAGACCGUUGCCGGUACCUGGACAAACACCGAUAGCUCGAGAAUUAACUGGCGACAGUGAAAAGCAAAUCAAAUGCGCCAAAGUCGUGUUCAUUUUACUGGACUUUCUGGAUCGAUGGUUGAGGGAGUGGCAGUGGCUCAAUGGCCUGAGCGCUGAAACUGAUCGGAACUACCAAAGCGUUAAAAGAUUCUUGGCGAAGUUCUGCAAACUGCAAGUAGCCAAGUGCAAUUACAAGUGCGGCGAGUAUUCGAGAGCCUUGAUGUACUUGGAGGAUUACAUUACUGAGAGCCCCGAUCAAGUGCUGCCCAAUCUUCAGUUUCUUGGCGAGAUUUACGCCCAGCUAGACGAGCCUGACGGGGUCCUAGGGGUCGAGCCCCUACAGCAAAGCGAACCUUCGUUGGAGCAGAAAUUGCUCUCCUUGAAAGUUUCCGGGAAGUUAAAUGAUGCAGCUGCAAUCUACGAGCACAUGCCGCGCCCUCUCAAGUUACAGCAUGUUCAGAACCUGAUACAAUGCUAUCUGGAUCUGGACAAAGUGAAUACCGCUCUCUACUGCGCUGAAGGUGCUCUGGGUCUUCAGCCAGAAUUCGGCAACAUGUUGCUAGAUAUGCAGGCUGAAGCCUUGUGGCGAUUGGGAACUUACGAGAACCUGGACCGUUUACUUGCGAACCCCGAUGUUGACAACUGCAAGGGCUGGGGAGUCCAGGUGGGCAAAAGCCUGCUUUGCAUCAAAAACGAAGAAAGAGACGAAUUCAAGCGGGUGCUAGAAUCGAUAAAAAAGCAGCAAGUUGAUUCGUUCGGGGCUGCUAGCUUAGAAGAAGGGGCUUACCAUCACGGCUACAGCUACAUAGCGCAUCUGCACUGCCUCAACGAGCUGGAGCAACUGGAGCAAAAGCUGGUCGACCUGUUUCUGAAGCCAAACGAUCGCAACUAUGCGGAAUCCAUCGUGCAAAAACUGGCAAACGAGUGGCAGUUGCGGAUCAAAGUAGUUCAGGAGAGCGUUCGCGUUGUGGAACCGCUUCUCUGCCUAAGGCGAGUGGCAUUGAACUUGGCCAGGGAUAUUGCGGAGCGAAAGGCGCCCCAGGCUGUGCCCCAUUUGGAGAACUUGCUAGGCGAGACUUGGCUUAAGAGCGUUAAUGUUGCCAGAAGGGCUGGGAUGCACCAGCAGGCAUACACAUAUGUCCUGGACGCGGAAAAGUACAAUCCGCCCAAACUGUUCAUUGAAAAAGCGAAACUGCAUUGGUUGAGAGAGGAGCACGAGGAGGCUCUUAAUACCCUCAAGCGGGGGCUGCACUGCUACAUUCCCGAUGGAAGCAGCAACGAGGAAGCUCUGCAGGCGAUUGCCAAUUUGAGUGUGGAACAAAAGAAACUGUGCGCUGAAGCCAGAUUGCUUAUUGCGUCGUACAAUAAAGACAUAUGCAGCGUGGACGUCGAGACCAACCUUCAACAGUACAAAGAUGCUGUGGAGGUGUGCAAAGAGUGGGAGAAGAGCUUGGUUUGUUUGGCCCAGUACCAGGACCGCAUCUUUCAGAACUACAAUAAUGAGGAAAAAGACAGCAAAGCCAACGAGCUUCAACUGCAUAUAGUGCACAACUUUGGAAAGUCGCUGUAUUUUGGCACCACUUACAUCUACCAAUCGAUGCCCAGACUGUUGUCCAUCUGGUUCGAUUGCGGCACGCGGCUUUCCAAUGUAGCCAGCAGCGCGCCCAAAGAGGAGCGACGACUGGUGCUGGUAAAAAUGACCAAAAUCAUCGAUAGCUUCUUGAACAAAUUGCCGGCAUUUGUGUUUCUCACAUCGUUUUCGCAAAUUAUCUCCAGGAUCGCUCAUCCGCAAAAGGAGGUUUACGUUCAGCUGAAAAGUAUCAUUGUUAAUCUGAUGCUUCAUUAUCCGCAGCAGUGUUUGUGGAUGAUCAGUUCAGUCAUUAAGUCCAGUUAUCCGAUCAGAGCCAAGAGAUGUGCGGAGAUUUUAAACGAUCCGCUGCUGAAAAUGCAGCCCAUUUCUCGCAUAAUCCGCGAUUUUUCCAGUUUAACUGAGAAGUUGAUUGAAUUGUGCAACAAGGAGAUUUCUAGUGAUGUACAUAACGCAUCUGUUAAUUUACUGGUUCGAUCACUGCCCAGACUGUUGAACAAAGACUUCAGUGAGAUCAUGAUGCCCACGCACAAAUUUCGCAAGCUGAUCCUGCCAAAUCCUGAUAUUAAAAACGCGCAAAGUCAUCACAACCCGUUUCCGAACCACUACGUUCAUAUAGUGGGGAUUGACGACAACAUUAGCAUAUUGCAGAGCUUGCAGCGCCCCAGGAAGAUCAGCCUUAAAGGAUCCAACGGCAAAAGCUACACUUUCAUGUUGAAACCCAAGGACGAUUUACGCAAAGACUUUAGGUUGAUGGAAUUCAACGACAUUGUAAACCAUCUGCUUCUGAGGGACGCCGAGGCCAGACAGCGCAGGUUGAACAUCCGGCUCUACUCAGUCGCCCCUCUGAAUGAAGAGUGCGGCUUGAUUGAGUGGGUGCAUGAUCUGGUCGGUCUCAGGCACAUUCUUAUGAACAUCUAUAAGCAGCGAGGAUUGGGCAUGCGGCCUCGAGAAAUCAAAGAAGUCUGUUGCAGCAUACGCGAUUCAAUUGGAAAGAAGCGUAACGUCUUUCAAAACAUCCUAGUAAAACGACAUCCGCCAGUGUUGGGCGAGUGGUUUAGAAAGACGUUUCCGGAUGCCCAGACAUGGUUAACGGCUCGAACUGCAUACACCAGAACCAACGCUGUUAUUUCCAUAACAGGGUACAUGCUCGGAUUAGGAGACAGACAUGGUGAAAACAUUCUACUGGACGCCACUUGUGGAGAUGUGGUUCACGUUGAUUUCAACUGUCUUUUCAAUAAGGGCGAAACGUUCGAAUGGCCAGAAAGGGUGCCAUUCAGACUCACGCAGAAUAUGAUCGCGGCGAUGGGCCCCUUAGGGGUUGAAGGAGUCUUCAGGCAGGCUAGCGAGUUUACUUUGGGAGUGUUAAGAUCAAACACGUCAACACUCAUGUCGAUUGUUACGCCGUUCGUUUACGAUCCUUUGGUUUCGUGGCCUAGGAACGUUCCAGCCGCUGCACAAAGUUCGGAGAAAGUAAACGAGCAGGCUCUAGAACAUAUUAAGAACAUCGAGCUGAGGCUGCAAGGCAAGGUGAAAACCAGAAGCCGCACAAUGUCCCAGUGUCUGUCCAUAGAAGGCCAAAUCGAGCAUCUCAUCAAUGAAGCAAAAAGCUCCGACAAUCUCUGUCAAAUGUAUAUUGGAUGGGGGCCCUAUUUAUAGCGUCGUUUUCACUCUUGGUUGGUCUUUCUUCGUCCGUGCCUCCAUAUUACAGCAUUUGGUUGGAACUAUUUCCGAUCAAAAUUUGGUUUCAGCACCGAUGUUUCUCAAUACGUGUAAAUAUUGUUUGUGUUAAAACUUAAAUGAGAAUUAACGCAAUUUCAUUCACUCUGUUUGCGCAAGGAUUUAAACAAAUGCAAUUCCUGAAAUCAGCAUACAGUCUUUCUGAGAAGAGCUUUUCAUCCGGAUUUGCGUUGAUGGAUGCCGAUAGAUUAGAAUCGUGUUUUCUUAUACAUAAUUAAUUCGUAGUUUAAUACUUUCAAUGAAAAUUUAAAUUAAAGUUUGGAACAAGCGUUUACUAACUGA